AUGGAAUUUUUUUACCCAAUGAUGCCAAAAACAUCAUACCAACUGCCACUUUAAGUAUGUUUUUUCCUCAUAAUUAUGACAUAGGAUCUCGUAAUUAUAGUUUGAGAUACUUAAUCAUAUUUAUAGGAAUGUUGUAAUUAUGAGGGGAAAAAACUUGCAUGUUUAAUUUUUUUUUUUUUUUAAAGUGGCAGAAAUGAGCUUCCAUACAAACUUGCAUGAGAAGCUGAAAAAAAACACCUGCAUUAGUCUUUUAAACAUGACAAAAGAAAGAUAUUGCUUUGGACAGGCUAUAUUAUAUUCUAGCGUCAUAUAGUCCUCGUUACUUUGCACGUGAUGAUUUGGGGAUAAUGGGAUUAUUAUGGCUCAGUGAUGAAUGAAAGAAUGAAGUCCUGUCUGUCUGUGCAAAUCAAAACACGUGUGGAGCCACGCUGGGUGCGCACUGCGCGUCAACCACCUCCAACCUCAACUACCUUUUAAACAGCUUCAUAAAUAUUAGACUUUUAACAUUUCAGAAAGCAGAGGAGAGAGAUUCUGCUCGUUUAUCACCUGCUCCGUCCAAGUUGUAGGCGAUAAAGGAUUGUUUUUUUGGAAUAUUUCCGAUAAUGGACUGGUAGGAAAACCUCUUGUGAGCAGAUCGAUAUUAUUUGUCAUGUCGGAUGAAAAUAGUCCAGACGUUUCUCCUGAAAGUGAGGAAUGUCCUGCAGAAGAAUCCUUUGGUUUCGGAGAUGAUCUGGAGUUAAACCAGUUUGAUGGAUUACCUUUUUCCUCUCGUUACUACAAACUGCUGAAGGAGAGGAAGACUCUGCCGGUGUGGAAGGUCAGGUGCGAGUUUGAAGAUGCUCUGGUGGACAACCAGCUGCUUAUUGUGUCUGGGACUGCAAAGACUGGGAGGAGUACACAGAUCCCUCAGUGGUGUGCAGAGUUCUGUCUGUCCACUCAGUACCAGCACGGCAUGGUGGUGUGCACACAGACCGACAGACAACAGGCUGUAGAUCUGGCCUUACGCGUCGCCGAUGAAAUGGACGUCAACAUCGGCCAUGAAGUGGGCUACACCAUCCCUCUGGAGACCUGCUGCUCCUCCGACACUGUUCUGAGGUACUGCACUGACGACAUGCUGCUGAGAGAGAUGAUGUCAGACCCCUUUCUGGAGCACUACGGGGUCAUCAUCAUCGACCAGGCCCACGAGAGGACGGUCAGCACGGACACGCUGCUGGGUCUCCUCAGGGACAUCCUGCUGCAGAGGCCUGAGCUCAGAGUGGUGGUCCUCGCCAUCCCGCCCGUGACCGACAAGCUGCUGAGCCACUAUGACGGCGUCCCGCUCAUCAGCCUGGAGGCCUUAUCUCCUGCCGAGGCGGUCCACAGCAGCAGCGGCAGCAAGGACUACUUCUUCUCAGCGCUGAGGCUGGUGCUGGAGAUCCAUCGGACCAAAGAGGACGGAGAUGUUGUUGUAUUUUUUGCCUCAGCUGAGGAGGUUCAUUGUGCUCGCAGCAUCCUCCAGAGAGAAGGCACCAGGCUGGGAGCGGAGUUGGGCCAGAUGAAGCCCGUUGUGCUGUGCCCACGCCGAGGAGGACUACCGCCCGUCCUCACUGAGCAACCUGGCUCCAAGAGGUCCAGGAGGGUUUUCCUCUCUACCAAACAUGGGGAGGACAUGUGGUGGGCCACAGAUACUGUCAACUUUGUCAUUGACACAGGAGUCCAGAAAAAGAUGGUGUACAAUCCAAGAAUAAGAGCGAACUCGGAGGUACUUCAACCCAUCAGUCAGUGUCAGGCAGACAUACGCAAACAGCUGUGUGGACCAACAGGUAAAUGUUUCUGCUUAUAUCAAAAAGACAGCCAGCUUCCUGCAGAGAACUCCCCACAGAUCUUGGAGUCCAACAUCACACCAACAGUCCUGUUCCUAAAGAGGAUGGAGAUAGCCGGCCUCGGACAGUGUGAUUUCAUCGACAGACCAGAUCCUGAGGGUCUCAUGCAGGCGUUGGAGGAGCUGGAUUACCUCGCAGCUUUAGAUGAUGAUGGCAACUUGUCUGAGAUUGGCAUCAUAAUGUCUGAAAUCCCUCUGGACCCUCAGAUGGCCAAAGCGCUGCUGGCGUCCUGCGAGUUUGACUGCGUGAGCGAGAUGUUGACGAUCGCGGCGAUGCUGUCAGCGUCGAGCUGCUUCCUGGAGCCGCCUGCUGGCAUGAGCCAUGAGGUAGUUCAGUGUCACAGGAAGUUCCAGCACCCUGAAGGCGACCACUUCACCCUCAUCAACAUCUACAACGCCUUCAAACAAAGCCAGAGAGAACAAUACUUCACCGCUGAAAAGUGGUGCCAGGACUACUUCCUGGAUCACUCGGCCCUGAAGACAGCUGAAGCCAUGAGAUCCGAGUUGACGGACACUCUGAACCGGAUCGAGCUCCCCAUCUCUGAGGCCUCCUUCGGAACCAAGACCAACACCCACAAUGUCAAAAGAGCUCUGCUGGCCGGCUUCUUCAUGCAGAUCGCCCGAGACGUGGACGGAUCAGGGAACUACUUCAUGCUGACACACAAGCACAUGACUCAGGUGCACUCGCUCUCCGGCUACGGCGCUCAAUCACACAAGCUGGGGCUGCCGGAGUGGGUUGUUUUCCACGAGUACACACUGUCGGAGAACAACUGCAUGAGAACAGUCUCUGAAAUCUCCCCCCAAGUGUACAUUCAAAUGGCACCGCUAUACUUCUUCUACAACCUGCCCCCCAGUGAAAGCAAAGACAUACUGCAGGACAUGUUGGACCCAGACGCAUCCAGAAAAUGUGACGACGGGAAACAAAUAGCCACCACAGUCAGCAGCGACGCCACCGCUGGCUGUGCAGUGGUGCCGCAGACUUAUGACAGAUGUGUGAUUCAGUGAUGUGAAAUCAUAACUGUGAAAAUCUGGGGCUAUAAUCUGAAUUUAUCACCAAAUGUUGUAAAAUGUUUAUAGUCGAUGCAAACCAGGGGCUGUAAUAUUAAGUUAUCACAUGGCUUCAAAUUUGAUUGAUGUCAUGACAGCAUGUUGCAAAAAUGUAGUAAAUCAUGAAUAUCUUUAUUAGUUGUGGUCCGAUACAACUUUUAUAGCCUCCUUGUGCCAGUACAUCCCUUUCACUGAAGGAGUCUUCUUGUUUCUUAUCUUUAUCUCGGCUCUGCUCUCCCCGUUUAGAUUUUAAUGAGCAGCAGAGGGGUUGCAGAUGGAUGUUGUCUGUUGCUGUACUUUAAAAGGAGAAAACAAAAUCACACCUCCUGAGCUCAUAACCAGGAAGAUGCAGAUUCAAAGAGACGGUCCAACACGUCGACGCCUGUACAAGCUGCUUGCAGAAGUACGUCCUUUCCCUCAUUUCUUAUGCAAAGCCGUCUGUACAGCUUUCUCUUCAGGUUAAUGUGGUAUGUGAAGGUCUGGUUUUGAGACCGAAACAUUAUGUGUGAGUUGACAUGCUGCCAGAUUAAGAAAGCAAAUGAUUCUCGAGGCAUUCAGAUAUAUAAAGCAUUUAUUACUAAUCGGUGGCAAGAGAUUUACAGAAAUACUGACUUAGAAAAUCCUCGGUAGAAUGAUGCAUUGGCACAAACUUCCACAAGUUUUCACAAAUAAAAUAUGUCAAGUAUGUUCCAUUUCAUGUCAACAAUCCAGAUCGAAUUUGUGAAAAUCAGCUUUGCUAUCAAUUUGGUAAAUUUGUAAAGCUUUAUCAUUCAGUAAUUUGACGUAAUACUGAGCUCUAUGCUCACAUACAUUAGCUGUUGUCACAAAUACAAGAUUUAUAUUUAA